AUGGCGUUCGUUUCACAAAUAGAACCCUCUAAAAUUGAUGAAGCUCUAGGAGAUGAUCAAUGGAUUAUUUCUAUGCAAGAAGAAUUAAACCAAUUCGAGAGAAAUCAAGUUUGGAAACUUGUUUCUAGACCAAGUGGUAUAAGCACUCGUGUUGAUGAUGAUCUUUUUGUCAAUCUAGGUAUCAUCACUCAUGUUGAUGACGAUCUUGAUGUCGAUCUAGGUAUCAGCAUUCGUGUUGAUGACGAUCUUGUUGUCGAUGAUAUUAUUAUCGAUCUAGGAAUUAACACUCAUGUUGAUGACGAUCUUGUUGUUGAUCUAGGUAUUAACACUCGUGUUGAUGUUGAUCUUGUUUUCAAUCUAGGUAUCAUCACUCAUGUUGAUGACGAUCUUGAUGUCGAUCUAGGUAUUAGCAUUCAUGUUGGUGAAUAUCUUGUUGUCGACCUAGGUAUCCGCACUCGUUUUGAUGAUGAUCUUGUUAUCGAUCUAGGUAUCAACACUUGUGUUAAUGAGGAUCUUGUUAUCGAUCUAGGUAUUAGCAUUCAUGUUGGUGAAUAUCUUGUUGUCGACCUAGAUAUCCGCACUCGUUUUGAUGAUGAUCUUGUUAUCGAUCUAGGUAUCAACACUCAUUUUGGUGACGAUCUUAUUGUCGAUUUAAGUAUCAACACCCGUGUUGGUGAUGAUCUUGUCGUCGAUCUAGGUAUUGGCACUCGUGUUGAUGACGAUCUUAUUUUCGAUCUAGUUAUCAGCAUUGGUGUUGGUGAUGAUUUUUUUGUCGAUCUAGGUAUCAACACUCGUGUUAAUGACGAUCUUGGUGUCGAUCUAGGUAUCAACACUCGUGUUAGUGACGAUCUUGUUAUCGAUCUAGGUAUCAACACUCGUGUUGAUGACGAUCUUAUUGUUGAUCUAGGUAUUAAAACUCGUGUUGGUGACGAUAUUGUUGUCAAUCUAAGUAUCAACACUCAUGUUGAUGAAGAUCAUGUUGUCGAUCUUGGUAUCCUCACUCGUGUUGAUGACAACCUUGUUGUCGAUCUAGGUAUCAACACUCGUGUUGAUGACGAUAUUAUUGUCGAUAUAGGUACCAACACACAUGUUGAUGAUGAUCUUAUUGUUGAACUAGGUAUUAACACUCGUGUAGAUGACCCCCUUGUUGUCGAUCUAGGUAUCAAUACUCGUGUUGAUGGAAAUCUUGUUGUCUAUCUAGGUAUCAGCACUCGUUUUGAAGAUGAUCUUGGUGUCGGUCUAGGUAUCAAUACUCGUGUUAAUGACGAUCUUGUUGUCUAUCUAUGUAUCAGCACUAGUGUUGAUGACGAUCUUCUUGUCGAUCUAGGUAUCAACUCUUGA